ACAGGGUGUGCAUGCACAGGGCACGUGGGGGGGUUGUGUGUGCAGUGUGUGCUUGCCUUGCUGUGCACACACGCAGCCCAGCACACGUGCACCACCAGAGCACACGUGCAUCUGUCUGCAAAACUUCAUGCACAUGUGCACAGCUCUGUGUGUGUGUGCUUUGCACCUGUCUGUGCACGGUGUGUGUGUUCACAGGGUGUGCCAGGCAUGGAGCAGGCGUGGGCACUCUGCUGUGUCUGUGCGUGCACCCACGUGCCCCACAGCGUGCGUGCAGCAGCUAAGGCAGCACGUCGGUGUUGAGGAGGAUGGAGGCGCCCCUGGUUAGUCUGGAGGAGGAGUUCGAGGAGGGGCCCGGGGACGAUGGGGGGACCCUGCAGCGCCCUGCGGACCCAGCGCUGGCCGAGCUGGAGAGCUUCUCCGCCGAGAUGAUGAGCUUCAAGUCGAUGGAGGACCUGGUGCAGGAGUUCGACGAGAAGCUCACUGUCUGCUUCCGCAACUACGACGCUGCCACCGAGGGCCUGGCCCCCGUGCGGGGGCGUCUCCAGGCACAGGAGGAGGAGGAGCGCCUGCAGGAUGAGGAGGUCUGGGAUGCUCUCACCGAUGGCUUUGCCCCCCGGAGCUCCCCUCGGCCGUGGCUGCUCCCCAGGACUGAGGCCCUCGAUGGCACCGACCCCCAGCUCGGCGGAAAGGAGGAGGAAGAGGAGGAGGAGCUCACUGAGAGGAGUGAGCAGGACUCUGGAAUCAAUGAGGAGCCGCUGCUGACAGCUGAGCAGGUCAUCGAGGAGCUGGAGGAGCUCAUGCAGAGUUCACCUGACCCCGAGGCUGACCCUGAGGGUGAGGAGGAAGAAGAGGAGGAGGAGGAAGAGGAGGAGGAGGAAGAAACCAAGGCUGAUGCUGAAGGCAAAGGUGGUGGCGGGGGCACGGAGCCCAUCGUGCUGCGGGAGCUGCAUGCUUUCUCCCCUGCCUUCAACAACAACUGCUCCCAUGAAGGCCUGGGGCAGCUGUCGGCGCGGGAGCUGGUGGCCGCGGCGGGCCGGGCGGAGGCGGCGAGCCGGGCGCUGUCGGCGGAGCUGGUGGCGCAGCUGGCGCGGCGGGACGAGCUGGCCUUCGAGAAGGAGGUGAAGACGGCGUUCAUCGGGGCGCUGCUGGCCGUGCAGGGGGAGCAGCGCGAGCAGCGAGAGGCCGCCCGGCGCCGCCGCAGGGACAAGGGGCUGAGCCUGCAAGGGGCGCGCUCCGAGCGCGGCAACCACAUGCCCCGCAAGCGCUUCAGCAUGGAGGGCAUCUCCAGCAUCCUGCACUCCGGCCUGCGCCAGACUUUUGGUCCUACCACCAACGAGAAGCAGUACCUGAACACAGUGAUACCCUAUGAGAAGAAGGGCUCACCACCCUCCGUUGAGGACCUGCAGAUGCUCACCAACAUCCUGUUUGCCAUGAAGGAGGGGAAUGAGAAGGUGCCCACUCUGCUCACGGAUUACAUCCUCAAAGUGCUCUGCCCGACCUGACGCGGUGCUGCCCUCACACUCCCACCCCGGCACCCCCAAAAUGGGGCCAAACCCGAGGAAAAAGGGUCACCCACCCGCGGCUGCCCCACCCCGCACUUCCCCCUUUGCACAGCUGGGAAUAAAGAAUUCCUUACAUUAAUUAGGCAA